AUUUUCGUCUGCUUAACAACUAGACAUUCUCAUAUAGUUUAAAUUUAUCAGAACAGAAGAUAUUUCGAAUGUUUAGUACCAGUUCCUAUGAAAUAACGUGUCAUUUUUCAGAAUUAUACGCCCACCAUCCUUCGUGUUCCACAAGUUGUUCUAAAUGCAACAAAGUCUAUUAGGCAAGCUGUUAAACUUACAGCUAUGGCUGAAGCUAACAAAUCUAAGAUGAGAGAGUGGAUGCCAAUAGAUACUAAUCAAAUUCGAUUGAGGCACUUACGUAAAGUGUGCAUAAGAAAUGUCUGGUUGAAUCGAGAAACUAACUCCGAAAGUGCUGUCUUUUAUUACACCUUACAUAUCACUACCAUGUCAGCUCCAUUCUACACAAGUGAGCAUCAAUCAGGUGAAAGUAUUUAUUGGAAUGAUGUAGAUACAAGAAAGUUUCCAGAAAGUAUUGUCAAUUCCUGCCCAGGUUUGGUAGUGAGAGUGUGGGCCAAACAAGACAGUGACAGUUCUAACCCAGAAUUAAUUACAGUUUGGGCUGUCUACUUUAACGGUCUAGUCUAUUUAGGAUCACAGCCUCCCAAAGAAGCUGUUUUGUUCACCAAUAAUGCCUUAAUUUUUGGCAUGACUUGGGGUUUCUUUACUGCUGAAAAUUCAUUGAAAUCUCAGUUUGUUGUCCCUCCAAUCCAAGAAUCACAGGAAAAUUCCAGCGGCAAAAGCUAUUCUGUUGCAUCCAUGUGCAGAAUUCAUCGUAUGCAGAGAGCAAUCUACAAGGAAGGAGCCGAGUCAGAGCGUCUCAAACUAGAAAUUCAAUCGAUCCAAUCAAAUCCCAGCCGGUAUCGUAACAAGUCUAUUCGCUCGAUUCCUUCACUAGCUGCUUCGCCUGCCGACCUACUUGCCCUGCAGCAACUGAGAGCUAAACGUCAAGUGGCUCUGGCAAAAGUUUCAAUGCUUCAGCAGGAAAGGAAUAGACAACUGAAAAGUUUAGAGCAAUUAAAAGAAACGUUAAAGAAUCUCCGAGUGGAUAAUCACACUAGAGCUUUGCAUUUGAAAGAGAAGCAUUUUCACCUACAAAUGGAUAAAGAUCGGCUUUCGGAGUUGGUAAAAAGCCUUGCGAGUACCGAAGAACAAGCUACUCGGUUGAAGCAUCAACUUAUUGCUCGCAGGAGACAAUUAUUCUUGGAAUUAGUAGAAAUAUUUCCCAUAGUUCAGGUGAAACCUGGUAUUUAUUCAAUUAACGAUGUUAUUUUGCCGAACUCAGACUCUUUUGCUGGAUGUGACGACAUUCAACUUAGUGUGGCUCUUGGCCAUGUUACCCAUCUGGUUCAAAUGCUUUCCGUCUUCCUUCAAGUGCCCAAUCGCUAUCCGGUGGCCGUAUUUAGCUCUAGAAGUCGCAUCAUCGACAAUGUUAGCCAACGAGACGCCGAUGCUAAAAAAGAAUUCCCAUUAUUUGCAAAGGGAAAGGAUAGGCUAUUCUUUGAAUACGCUGUUUAUCUCCUUAACAAAGACGUAGCACAACUUCGGUGGUUGUGCGGACUCAAUACCACUGAUCUGGCCGCCACCCUACCGAAUCUUCACUCGUUGCUACAGCAUCUUAUUACUCUAUGUCCAACGGAGGAUGGUAAAAUGAAAAGGUCAGAUAGCCGUGAACGGGGUUUCACACCACGAAGCCAUAGUAUGGCGUCGGCAUCACAUUAUUUGUUUAAAUCCACGAAAUGGCAACCUCAUCGACUUUCACGAUCAUUGGCCGGAAGUCAAAUGAGUCUAGCGGAUCCUAGUAUGGCAUCAACGAUGAGUUUGGAUAAUUUAACAGAUUCACCGCAAACUGGAGGCUAUUUUAGACAGCCACCUUCUCAGCAACAGAUUUGGAACAACAACUCAUCGUCGACAUUGUCGUUGGACUUGGUUGCUGAUCGCCUAACAUUUUCAGUCAGCUCACCAUUACUUUCGUCGGUCGGGUCACAUCAUCACGGAUCCGCCCCUGAUCUGCGUAGUCCCGAUUCAGAGGCUCCCACCAGUCCUUCCCCACCGCCCAUUACGUUCAAGGCGCCUCCAGCCCUUGAGCCUGCUGAAAUUGAAAAAUCUACCGUUUCAUCAUCACCUAUCACCAUCAGCCAGCCAUUGGACAUGGAUGAUGGGAUGGAUAGCGUGACGUCCCGAACCGAAGCAUUAGCCAUCUCCAGCACGUUCAAGCUACGUGGUAGAGGACGUACAAUGUCGAAUUCGUCGCAAGGCAACUUUUUGAGUGCCGUAAGAUUUCUCUCUUCCGAUGGGAACUGCCUACGGGGUCGGAGAAAUUGGACGUUGAAUGUGGGCAUUGUGGGUGCGUGUCCCCUAUUCGUUGGCGUCGUCAGCGUCGCCGUCAUCGCCAUUCAGAGAACCGUUUUGGAAACAAAUAAAGAAAAACUCUUUGCCUUGACGGACGGGUAUGAACGAUUUCAUGGGACGCAUUCCAAAUUUUGUGUUCUUCGUCUUUUCAUACCGAAGCCUUUGAUUGAACCUGUAACCUAGAUAAUGUAAAAUGAGAACCGG